UGUUAUUUUCUGCAGAGAACAGGAAGUUUGUAGCACAUGUUGAUUUGUGUGUGUCUGGAGUGAAUCCACGUGGAGAAGAAAUUUGAUCUGAAAUGAAGGUGAAGAAAUUGAAGAAGAAGAAAAAGAAGGUAGAAGAGAUAGAAGAGAUAGAAGAGAACGCAGGUGAAGCUAAAGAGGAGGUGGUCGUAUCGAAUGAAUCGAUUUUACAGCGUGUUUUGUCUUUGAAUUUGCCUCUUCCGUCUGUGUGUCGAGUUACAGUGAAUGUGAAGAAACCUGACAAAGUUGCUAAAUUGAUCGAAGAAAUCAAAAAGAUUUCUGCUAAUCUGUCGAAACUGGACAAAGAAUUGUUGUACGAGGAGAGAAUUCUGUCCAAGUUUAUUUACAAGUUCAAUAAUCCAAUGCUUCCGUUCAUACACUGGCGCUAUGUUCGCAGAAUGGCUCAGUGUUCCAAGAAACGAUCGAACAUAAAACUCAAUCGUUUGAUAAACAAAUUGAAUCUUUCUUUAGAAAGUUUCAAUUCUUUCGAGCGAGAAACCUAUAUGCCAUCGCCAAAACUUGUGGAAUAUGUCCUCAUUCGGUUGAUGGGAGCCGUGGCUCUCAAUAUAAAAGCCUACGAAUUUUGUGCUGUAUGUUUUAUCAAGUUAAAACAAUAUUUAUUUAUCGGUCAUAACAUUUAUAAAAUUGUUGCCCUCAUCGCCGUUUCCAGUCGUCUCUGGAUACUGCACCGGACGUUUUCUUUGGAAAUCUUGGAUCUUUACCCUAACGUACGGAGACUAUACAAAACCAUCAGCCCAAACUGGAAGCGUUUCCCUUCUAAACCAACUAAAUGGUUGACGAAUAAUCUAGGACUCGAUUGUUCAAACUUAAACGAUGCCACUCCGUUAUUAGAAAUGAACAUUUCUACUCCUAAUAUUGAAAUUUAUUCUCAACAACAGGACGAGGAAGAUAUUGGUGAACCGAUCAAACUUUCAACAAACAAGCAACAGAAAAAAAAAGAGAAAUACAGAAAAGAAAGACAGCCGUUGCAGCUGCAAGUAGUGGUUGACGUUAAAAGUUUACUUUCACACCGUAUAAUUUUUGUACAAUCGCUGAUCUCUUUAACGGCAUUUGCAAAUUUUAUUUUAGAUUAUAUUCUUAAGUUACAUUAA